GCCUCCACCGCCCCGCUACCAUAGCAACCGGAAUAACUAAAAUGGCGCCGCUUGCUGUAUGCAUGAAGUCCAUAUUACUUAUUAUUAUUAUUCUAUCAAACGCAUCUUCCAUCGAUGGGAAUUCUUCAAGUUACAACUCCAGUGUCGAGUUUAACAUUGACGGGAAUUUUAAAGAAGAACUUCUCAAUUCAUCAACGACAGAGUACGAGCUUUCAGAAAUCACGUCAACCCCCGGGUACACGAUAACACAACCUCCAGGGACCGAUGUCCCUACUCCAGGGACCGAUGUCUCACCUCCAGGGACCGAUGUCUCACCUCCAGGGACCGAUGUCCCGUUAACAGUCCCUGAGCCGCUCCCGCUGUCCGGACGGCUUCCUACCGGGGUCCCCCAAGUUGGCAGGCUGUGUCCUUGUGACAAGCAGAGGGACGCAUGUGACCUGAACUGCUGCUGUGACCCGCAGUGCGGUGGGGAGGCGGCCCUCUUCACCCACUGCUCCAUCAGCACCGUCAGUGGCAAUCAGCAGCUAUGCCAGCACGACGUUGUGCACUAUUCUUUAGGGAAAACUGGAGAGGGCUUCUCCACACAGGAUACCUUCAUCCAGAAGUAUGUUAAUGCUGACAUCUUCUGUAUUCACUCACAGAACAAUGUUGAGAGUCUGUCCUACUCGCUGCCUGCCGUUCCAACCGACACAAACUUUGAUUCCCUCUUCAAGGCGUUUGAGGACCUCCCCUCUAGCUCGGGGAGCGACCCCGUCUCCCCCGUCUCCCCCGUCUCCCCCGGUUACCAGUAUGGUGAUGUGAUAGACACUUUAGGAGAAAGUGGAGAGCGGGGAAUCCUGCAGUUUCCUGCUGCUGCUGUUAAUACAAAUUGCUUGGACACAAAUCCUGGUGCUUUCGUGAAGCAGCAGGUCAGCCGUUGCACCAUCAGCAUGGUGGUGGAUAGAGACUGCAGCAAGCUGCAGGCCCUCCACAUGAUCACCUACACAGGCCUACGCGUCCUCUCUGGGAAGAAUGAAAAUGCUACAGUGGUUGCCGUGGUCCUGACGUCAGCCAAUCUCAAGUCUUUAGAGGAGACUCUGUCUCCUGUGGAGCUCGGCCCGGCAAUGAGCCUCGAGCCCACCCUGGUCAACUCCACCCUCUGUCUCAACGUGGUGCAGCAGGUUUCUCUGGUUGUGAAGUACAACCCUGCAGGAGAAAUAGUGAAUGUCUCCGCCGCUCUGGUGCUGGGGCCUGUGAGCGGAACCGCACUCUCACUGGAGCUGCAGUUUGGGAUUACAUUUGUCCAGGAAGAAGACGGCCAAGAAGGGACAGUCCAACGCAGUGGGAAUCCUGGUUAUGUGACUGGGCUCCCAGUAAUAUCUGGGACGAAAACAGCAAAAGGGCUGGUACAGAGCAGCGACCCCCGAGGAACCCUGUCCAUACUGCAGGGGGGCCGGGAGCAGGACUGUCUGCGUGGGCCCCAUGCCCGCUCCCCCGUGUUGUUUGCUCAGGCCAUGGUGUCCGGCUGCACGCUAAAGUUGGAGGAGGGAGCCAACUGCACACUGGUUUCUGACAUGCUCCUGGAAGUCCUGAGAGGCUCAGCCAAGAUGCAGUAUGUGGCUGCUUUUGGAACAAGCACUCUGGAUGGUUCACUGGACUGGGUUCCCCUGGAAACCGUGCUUAUGUCUGGGGAAGCUCAGAGUUGCAUCAUCCCACUGUCUCAUCACCUAGAAAUUCAAUGGACCAAAUAUGGAUCUCUCGAGAACGCUCAAGCCCGAAUUGUCAGCAUUAAAGAGUUCAUACACAACAACUCCAGCAACAUGGCCUUGCUCUUUGGAGGAAGCACUUCUGUCACGGUCACCAGCUCAGUGAGCUUCGUCUCCGUUUCCACCCCUUCAGAGCCAGGGUUCCAAGCUCCACCCACCAUCGACGCCAAGCUGCCUUUUGAAUUCUUCUUUCCUUUCACAUGAUGCAAGCAGUUUGGUUCGGCUAAGCAGCGUACAAGCAGUCUCAGUAGGAAAUCUGUUACAUUGUUGUUUCAGGACUUUAUUUCAUAUCGGUCAAAGAUAUCAGCUUAGCUAUAUUGAUUGACAGUGAAUAGAGUUCUAAAGUUCUAAAUGUUGAGAAUACAUCUAGAAAGGCAGAUGAAAUGAAUAACCACUGCAUAAGGUUUGAACUACUAGAAUUCAAAUUCUAUGCCAUUUUGUCUCAGAAGGGCACAGAGUCUGUUGUUCUCUUGCUCCUGGGGAUAAAUGGAGGAGGGUAGUCUUUAGUAUUGCACUGUUUGAAGGUUAAUGAGAUAGUUUAAUCUGUUCAAAAGGACCCACCAUCUUAUCACUGCGUUCCUGCAGCUCAGUAGAUCUUUGGACCAGAUGAUCGUAACUCUCCUUUAGUUUAUGAAGUCGAUGGUCAGCACGGGUCUUCAGGGAGACCAGGAUUCCUGGAAAAGAGCGUAACACGUUAGUGUGAGGCCUGCUGUACACAGACACACCGUGGAUAUGAUUUGGUCAUUUUUGGUUUUGUUUCUGAAUGAAAUGUAUAUAUUGUUUAAUGUUCGAUGCGGUCCAAAUCUUUUUUUAUCUGCGGGACAAUAAAGCUGAGAGGAUCUUCUGGUAUCAUC